CGGCUCCGCUCGGAUCUCGGUGUUGGCUGUCAGUCGGAUUUGGAGCGUAACGGAGCGAUGACCGCGGGACUGAAGGGACGGACUGGGCUUUAGAAUCAGACUGGACCCCCCCGGAAUGAAGUGUGGGGAUUUGAACCAGACAGAAGCAAUAACGAGAACCAUGGUGACCAAGAAAAUCCGGACGGAGUAUAUGAAGAAGUUCAGGGAUCCCAAGUGGGAGACGUUUUCCAAAUGUUACGAGGACUCUCUGAAGUACCGUCUGACCCGGCGGGUGAUGGAGCAUUCCCACAAGUCCUGGUUCUGGGAGGGCUGGGACAGCAACUCUGACUCCAGCGGCUGGUCCACGCCGAGGCUGACCAGGAACAAAAUCGCCCCUCUGUCCCUCCCACCAGCGGCGUCCUCGGAGGUGAAGCAGAUGUUGUCCAACCCCGGGCCGAAACAGCCUUCUGAGGACAGAGAGACUGAGGUGGGACAUGGUGAGGCGGCAGUCGUGGACGCUGCACCACCCACAGCAGUCAUAGAGAACGGUGUGAAUGAAGCCGGCGCUGGUUCAGUGACCGUGACUCCAAACACCAGUGGACCCUCAGAGGACACGGCGACAGACAACGGUCCUGCCGACACCACAUCUUCUGACGGGGAGCCGGUGAACCCGGUACCCAAGCGACGUCACCGCCGCCGCACCCCUCGGCUUGAGCCUGAACACCUGGACAGUUCCCACGACGACAAACCGGUUGUUGUCCGCAAACCACCGAGAGCGAAGAGCCAACCACCGAUCAGCACCAAGGAGAACCGGAGACCGUCCAGCAGACUGGACUGGCCCGAGAGACAGACGGAGGUCACGAGGACAAGAAACAACAGCAACAUGUCCGACGCCUGCGUUCAGACCCGGCGGGAGUCCGACAAAAGGAGCUCAAACCCAGACCGCCGGCGGGCUCGGUCAGCUGACCUGGAGAAGAUGGGGCGGUCGCAGCUGACGGUGGUGGACGACCGCUGGAUGACGGAGUACAUGCGCUGCUUCUCCGCCCGGCUGAGGUAGAGACGGGCCCCCUCCCCCCCGACCCCGACCCUGAAAACCAACGUUUCCUUACUGAAGAGUAAAUAUCAGAGACAAGCAGUCCGUCCGAGUCCUUUGAGAGUGAAUCUCUGCUGUCGAGGGGAAAGAACACUGAAUUUAGUUUAUAUUUCCAUUUAAAUGUAAAGACUUUCUCCUCACUUUCAACAUGACGGGGGCCAAGAGAGUAAAGAAGUGACUCCACAUUAAAUAUGAAGUGCAGCUCACUCAGACUAAAUCUUUAUACAAUAAAUAAUCUACUAUAGAAACAUUAACAUUAACCUCCAGAGUUUUGUUCACUGAUAAAACAUAUUUUUGAUAGAACAUUCUAAACUCUGUAUUUUCAAAGGUACCAUGUGGGGCCUGGUGGGGCUUUAUGUCCCCCCCUCCGAUGUGUGAACAGGACUCACUCACACUAAAUCUGACUUUUAUCAUUUAAAAAUGAACUUUUGUGUGUUUUUCGCCCGACAGCAGCAAAACUAGCUGAACAGAUGGACUGAAAUGUUUCCCCGUGUUGCUGAAGGAGCUGUUUGCUAAUGAACAAACAUCACUCAUGAUCUCAGUCACUGUCUGAAUGUAUUUCAUCUUCUGAGCAUGAAAGUCUCCAAACACACUGCUGUGCUUUAUUUUAAUCUUCUUUCACACACAUUCAGUUUCAGUUCUCUUUCACUAAAGGCAGCUGUGUGUGUUUUAUCUCUAACUUUGAACAGAAACGGACCAAACUGGAGUAUUUUUGAUAUUUGACUAUUUUGGAUCUGAAGUUUAGAUUAGAAUAAACUACAGAGAAACAAGAUUUAUCAAAUAAAAUCAGUAUUUAAAGUA